AUGGAGAAAUUUGUCUCACAGCCGCAUUUAGUUGGUAUAAAGGAAUCUACACAGCCAAGCCCAGACAGGAAUACACUGGAGGCUGGUACAGUUGGCAAUAUAGCUCAAGCAAGGCCUUCUGUUACGGAGGAAAGUGUUGUACAGUGGGCUAAAAAUGACAAGAGAAGACUACUUCAUGUUGUUUAUAGCGUUGGAGAUUUAGAUAAGAUUAUAAAAUUCUGUACGGAGUGCCUUGGCAUGAAGGUAUUGCGGAAAAGAGACAUCCCAGAGGAAAGAUAUUCAACUGCCUUUCUUGGUUUUGGACCCGAAGAGUCACAUUUUACGGUUGAACUUUCACACAACUAUGGAGUUGGCAAAUAUGAUAUUGGGACUUGUUUUGGUCACUUUGGUGUUGCAGUUGAGGAUGUUGCUAAAACAGUAAGCCUUGUAAAGGCAAAGGGUGGAAAGGUGACACGAGAACCUGGUCCAGUCAAUGGUGAAAGUUCUGUUAUUGCUUUUAUAGAAGAUCUUGAUGGUUAUAAGUUUCAGCUGUUGGAAAAGGCACCAACAUUGGAACCCCUUUGCAAGAUAAUGCUUAGAGUUGGAUAUGAAAAUUUUAGUAAUAUCAUAUCCAAAUAUUUGUGUCUGCAAUUUAUGAUUAUUUGUAGCCGAUCUGUUUGUCCUGGAUUGUGUGGUUAUUUACAGUUUUCCAAUGUCUUGGUUCUAAUUUUUUUUCCUCUGAUUAACACAGUCCCACAAACAUAGUAUACCCAUCUUGUUGCAUUUAAUGCUCACUUUUACAUGGAGCCAGAGACCUCAGAUAGUGGUUCGAUGACAAUUGGGGCUGCUGGUGGUCGUGGGGGUAUCACUUCAGCAGGCGGGCGAAGUACAAGAUCUCCUACUUCUAAUUAAAUUGUGCGACCUCUUCCUGGCCUGAAAGAGAAAGUUAAGAAUGUCAUGUUUUAAGAACGUUAAGAACGUUACUGUUGGGCCUCGGAGCCUCAGAGUUUGGCUACUGAAUGGUAUGUUGCGUGGUCUGCGUUUGUGUGUAUGCGACUUAUUGGUAUUUGAUCACUUCUCUUUCAAGUACUUUGACUACAUUGUUUUCUUUCAUUUAUCUUGUCUGACAUCUUGUGAGCUGAAUUAUGAACUUGCUAUGAAGAUUUGCUCCAUACCCACCUAGACCACGCACACUUGGGCAUAUAUUAUGGCAGACUUGUGCACCAGCACCGUGGUUGCGUUUUGUCACUGUAAAAGUUUUAUGAAGAAACUUAUUCAUCAGAAAAUGAGGAUGAGGUUAGAGACAUGUGGGUCGAGUAUUUGCUCAAGCAUGAAGCAGAUGAAGAAAACCAAGUUGAUGGUAUGAAAAUAACUCCACUAGUUUCGGUUCCAAUUGUUGGUAAAUUGGCAUGAAUGAUUAUAUUUUGAAAUUGAUUUUUGUUUUACGUUUUUGGAAAUUGCGAUGUAAAUCUUUGACGUUUAUGCAAAUUACAAUUUAUGCAAAAGCUUGCGUUUUGAGCAUUACUUGUGGGAAAUAUAU